AUGUUCUGCGAGAUAACUAAUCCGGUGACUGAGGUCACUGUAACUUAUGUGCACCGACGCCAGAAGGUGCUGAACAUCGCCAACGAGCUUCCUCCACACCGAACAGGCCUACGGCAAGAGACUAUAAACCUCUUGGACGGGACGUCAUUACGGGCAUCUUCUCCAACAUCUCCUCCCAUCUACUGCUUCCACGACCAGUUCCUCCUCCCUGAGCUCAAGACUCGCAUCACCGGAGAGUGCCUCACACCAUCAUCACCAACUAUCAACCUUCAUACCAUCAAACACCAACCAUCAUACCAUCAAGCCUCACACCAUCAAGCACCAACUAUCAAACAACAACCAUCAAGCACCACACCAUCAACCAUCAAGUACCACGCCAUCAAGCACCAUACCAUCAAGCAUCACACCAUCAACAUCAAACCAUCAAGCACCACACCAUUAACCAUCAAGCAUCACUCCAUCAACCCAUUACACCAAUCAUCACACCAUCAAACCAUCAAGCAUCACACCAUCAACCAUCAAGGAUCAACCAUCACACCAUCAAGGAUCAACCAUCACACCAUGAAGCAUCACACUAUCAAGCAUCACACCAUUAACCAUCAAUCAACACACUUUCAACCAUCACACCUGAGACACACCAUCAAGCCCCAUACCUGA